AUGGUGAUAGCUGUUUCUGAUCUUGUUGGCUCGUAUGGGGCCCGAGUGGCCCUGGUGUUGGCCCUGGUGAUUGUCCUGCGAUUCUUGCAGGAGAUGUUGAAAGUACGCCUGCUCUUCUACCGUCUUCGCAAGCAGGGACUACCGAUGCCGAAAUGGAAUUUCGCAGCAGGUAAUCUGCAGAUGCUCCCCGAUCUAAUGAAGCGGCAUCCCAAAGGAUCGCAACAGUCAGAGGCUUUUACACUGUUGUCCUACGAGUUCGCCAGCUCUGACAAUUGCUUCUACAUUGACGUCUGGCCCUUCACGAAGCCGCUAUUAGUGGUGAAUUCCCCGGAUCUGGCAGUCCAGGCGUGUCAAACAUAUGCACUACCCAAGCCGCCCGUCCUUGCGAAGUUCUUUAAUCCCUUCGCAGGAGGGCCCAGCAUCUUUACGACAAACGGGCCUGAAUGGAAGCGCAACCGGGGGCUUUUCAACCCUGCGUUCAGUACCAGUAAUAUUCUCCAGCAUACUCCGCAUAUUGUUGAGGAAGCAGAAGAGUAUGUGGAAAUUCUCCGCGAGCAUGCGCGUAAGGGCGAUACUUUUACAUUGGAUAAGAUGACCUGUGAUUAUGUCCUGGAUAUUAUCGGACGCGUGGCCAUCUAA